AUGCAGGACCGUUUGUUUUCCCGCGAGGUCGGCUCGCUGAACCCUCGUGACUUUGCCAAAACCGUCACCACCGAUCUUCUGCGUUCCUUUGCGCUCGCUCAAAACCAUCGAUUUGAUGGAACUAGUGGACGUCGCGCUGGGGACGAAGAGGCCCAGGGUGAAAAGAUUCAUGACACCUCUAUACGAGCGCAUAAUGGGGGUGCGAAUAGUCUAGCAAUCGAGAAGUUCGAUGGCAAGGUAAUGGUUUCUGGAGGAUCAGAUGGAUCGAUCAAAAUAUGGGAUCUGGAGGCCAAUCCCAAUCCUCACCAGCCGUGUCUUCACAGGCCUGUAGGCACUAUUAGUCGCCAGCGUCCUCAGCUGUUCAUGGAAGGCCACAUCAGCGGAGUGACCCAUCUGGACUUCCACCCUCUGAAAAAAGAUCACUUCAUCUCAAGUUCUUUCGACAAGUCCUUGAAGCUUUGGUCAUGCACUACCUCGUCCGUCACAGCACACUACGACAUCAAGGCGAAGGUCUUUGCUCAUGCACCGAGCCCCAUAUCACCCAUCGUCGCCUGCGCGACACAGGAAUCGAACGUUCGCCUCGUGGAUCUUAGGACCAACUCUGCUGCUAGGAGUCUCCUAGCAAGCGGUGGAGCCGUAUUUUCCGUCUGCUGGAGCCCGCGCCAUGAGCGCGUUCUGGCGAGUGGCCACUCCGACGGAAAAGUUCGCGUCUGGGAUAUCCGCCGGGCUCUCAACCCAUUGGGUAUGCUAGACAUGGAGGAUUCACUCGGUAUAGUCCACCGUUUCAAUCACGCCAUGGCGUCUGGCUUGGGCUGGAGCUACAUGCCUAAAGUACGUGAAGCGGCCGUAGCUCAUGCCGACGCGGUGAACGGUCUAACUUGGACGGACGAUGGAAACUACAUCAUCUCGGCCGGGCUCGACCGGCGUAUCCGAGUUUGGAAUGCCGCGACGGGUGCCAACACCCUCUCUGGAUUCGGAUCUACUGUCCGAAACUCCCAGUUUGCUCCCCUGCACAUGAUUGUUCCGCCUAGUAACCUCACUGCCGGCUGUCGUGAGCUCUUAUUCUGGCCCAACGAACAGGAGAUUCUGGUCUUUGAUUUACACGAAGGUUAUGUCGUCUCAAAGAUGAGGGUGCCGGGGGCGUAUACUACGUUCGAAGCUUCGCCGAAGAAUAGAAUUACGUGCAUGGCAUGGCGAGGAUCCGGAGGCCGCCGCCGAAUGCUAGGGCCUGAGAUGGGUGGCGGAACGGCUUCCGGAGGGAUAUAUACGUCACACGCUGACGGUCAUAUAAGAGUGUGGAUGCCUCGAAUUCACAACCCCGAUGAGCUUGAUGAGGGGGAUGGGCUUGAAGGGGACGAUGAGGAGACGAAGAAGAGGAAGCGUCAGGUCCUCGAUGAUGCAUACAGGAGCCUGAUGGGGAAGCAGAUUACAUUUACCUGA